CCUUCUUUUCCCCGUGGGUCUCUGUCAUUGCCAUCUCCAACGCCACCAUAUCUCUUCUCUCUCUCUCUCUCCCUUCUUUCUCUCUCUAAAACGCUCAAUCUCACUUCUCUUCUCCCUCUCCGAUGCUCCAAAAAAAAAGUGAUAUCUUACAUAUGCAUAUUAUACACAUAACUAAUUAUCUCUUCUAUUCUAUAUCUCAGUGAUUGAGAUUCGUAAAUAUAAACCUGAGGUCACACUUGAUUCCCAUUCUCUACUACCCAUAAGCCGACCUAAAAAAAUUCCAUUUUAUUACGAUUCAGUCCUCAUUCUGCAUUAUCUCUUCUUUCUCCAAGCUCUGUUUUUUUUAUGGCAAAGAGACGCAAAGGACCAAGAACUUAAAAAAGCGCCUCUCUCUAUCUCUGUCUGAAUCACAAGAUCUGGACUUUGUGGCUUGUACUACAAGAUUGGGUCUUCAAUUGCUUAAAAAUCAAGCAGUUUCCGUGAAAAAGGUCCUCGAAUUUUUCCAGGGAAAAAAGCGAGGAAUGUACGGUGAUUCUCGAGCAUUAGCUACCGACUCGACUGCUAUAUUUUCGUCUGAUUCGAAGAAGAAGGAAGAGCAGAUUGACAAGAGUAGACUCUUGUUGAUGAACUCAAAUAUGAACCACCAUGAUGAGUAUACACAAUACCAGAAUAAUCAGCAGACGAAUUCUGGGUUGUUGAGGUUUCGCUCUGCUCCGAGCUCUCUGCUCUCGAGCUUCGCCAAUGACGUUGAUAAAGGGGACGAUUCGUGUGAAUUCUUUUCAAUCCCUCAAUCUUCAACCCCUGAAGAUCAUGGGUUGACUUCAAAUUUUCAUGAUCUGGAUGAGAGAAAGCCUCUGGCUAAUGGGUACUCUUUGAAUCCUGAAUUGCACACUCACUAUUCGAGACAAAGUCCAGCUACCCAAUUGCCUUCUAUGGAUAAUUCAUAUGGAGUGGUGAGUUCGAUGGCUAUGGAGCAUCAGUCGCAGCCGAAAAUGGGUCCGAAUCUUAUGAGGCAGAACAGUUCCCCUGCAGGGCUAUUCUCUCACCACACUGUUCAAAAUGGCUAUGGCUCAACAGGGGUUGUUGGAAAUUAUAGAGUGGGGAAUGGUACUAAUGGAGAUGCAAUUCCUUCAAGCAGGUUGAAGGGUCAGAUGAGCUUCCCAUCUAGAUUGCCAUCUUCCUUGGGAAUGCUCUCUCGGAUUUCUGAAGUUGAGAGUGAAAACAUUGAGGCAACUGACCAUGAUGAUGGAAAGCUCAGGAAUGGCAAUGGGGAUGCUCAAUAUUACAGCCAUGGAUACCCAUUUAGUUCUUGGAAUGAUUCUUCCCAUUUUGCAGAGAACUUCUCUGGCCUUAAAAGGGACCUAGAUAGUGAUGGGAAGUUAUUUGUUGGUACUCAGGAUGGGGAUCUUGGAAAUCGCACACAUAUAUUGUCUCACCACUUAAGUUUACCAAAAACCUCCGGUGAUAUGGCUACCAUGGAGAAGUUUCUGCAGUUCCAAGAUUCGGUUCCUUGUAAGAUUCGAGCAAAGCGAGGUUGUGCCACUCAUCCAAGAAGCAUUGCAGAGAGGGUUAGAAGAACCCGAAUCAGUGAAAGAAUGAGGAAACUACAAGAGCUUGUUCCAAACAUGGACAAGUUUCUUUUUGGCAGCAAACGAAUACUGCAGACAUGCUAGAUUUGGCUGUCGAAUACAUUAAAGAGCUGCAAAAACAGUACAAGAUACUUAGCGAAAAUCGGGCAAACUGCAAGUGUUCAAGUAUGCAGAAGUCAAUACAAAAUCAAACUCUUUGAUUUGCUUCUGUAAAUAAACAAAUGGAAGAAGGGUGGAGAAAUGGACUGAAAUCACAAUGUUCAUUUCUCUUUCACAUUGACGAAGAAGAAUGAAAGUAGUAAAAUAGUAAAACGUAGUCUUUGUUGUUAUUUUUACUGAGUGAGUAAGAAGUAGAGGGGGCCUGUAAGCUAACAAGACUUAGGCUUACAAAUCUCCAACUAUAUGAUUAGGUAGGAAUAUAGAUCAAUUGUAUAGGAGGACAUGUUGUAAUAAAACAUUCCUUGUUAUAUGUUUUUUUUCUUUCAGUUUAUUAGUGAAACAGGCUGGGACACUCAAGACU